AUGGGCCACCACAGAGACCCGAUCAAAGUAAAAACACACAACGGAGGAAGGGUCCCCAGCAAGUGGAACCUCACGAAGGAGCAAAGAGUAGCACACAUACUCUUAAAGGAAGGAAUAAAUUACGUAGAGAAUGAAAAUGUAAAAGCAAUAAAAAGUGAUGAGUAUGUGAGGACGCUGCUUUUUGAUUAUGUUCACCACGACAUGUGGGAAGACGAGGAGGGAAGGAAACUCAAAUGGGUUCGACUCCCCCGCAGCAGCAAUGCAAGGGAGAGAAGUCACACACAUGGAGAAGAGUCCACUUGCUUCAGAGAUGGACACUCCUCCAAAGAGGAAGAGGCGAACAACACGAACAUGUGUAAUCUCCCCCUUUAUAAAAAGAACAACUGUAAUCAAAGAGGGGGGGAAAUAAAUGGCACUGUCAUCACACCACUUGUAAGAACCCAUGAUAAAAUAAUUUUAAAAAAAAGAUUUAUAAAAAAGCGAAAAAUAAAAAAGAUUAAGAGGCUGAAUAAAAAGACGCCUUAUGGUUAUUACCAUCGUGGGGGGAAACCUCCAUUGAAGGUGCAGAAAAGGGGGAAGGUACUUCCGAUUAAUCCUAGAGGAGGCGUUAGCGGGGAAUUCAAAAGAGGGAGUGGACGCACAUUAUCCCAUGAUAAUAAUGCAGAUGGAUGGCUAAUGAAAAGCACUGCCCACUCACAAUGGGGGGACUACGUCCAGGUGGGAACAAUAACUAAGAAUCUCAAGCCGAGUAGAGGAAGAACCCAUUUUUCUCCCUUUCAAAGGGGGAAAAUAGGUACCCAUAAAAAAGAACCUCUCCCCAUUGGAGAAAUGAACAAUGAACUUGUAAAAAUUCAUUUUAACGAGUUAAAUUCGUUCAGUUUGACGAGCGAAGAUGUUCGUAUCCCCCUUGGAGUAGACAGUCUCCUUGGUGCCAAUAAACGAAAGUCAUUCUCCUGCGCGCAUACCGUGUCGACGCCGUUUUACGACACCAGUUGUCUCUCGUGCGUGGGACUGGACCAGGAGAAAAAAAUUGGGGGUAAUGUAGUGGCGCAGGGCUAUGGCAGAGCAGGGGGGGAAAGACAAACGGGUGGAUUUCAAUUGAGGCAGAAUAAAAGGAAGGAUUUUCAGGGUAAAGAAAAAAGGAGGAAGAAAUCCUCGAGGGAAUCACAACGAGACAGAGCCCAUCACGGGGAUGAUCGCCCGCCUCGCCAGAAAGAGUUCCUCCCAAAGGACGGAAUGUGCCACAGUGUAGACACGCUCUUAUGCAGAUCAAAAAAUAGAGACCUGUUCAACGAGCGCAAUAACGAAAUAAUGGUGAACGUGCAGGGUGGAGAAAAUGAACGACGGCGGGGUGGAUUGAGGAGAGAAGACGUCACAGCGGCGGGCGGGCCCAACAUGGACGUCUGCUUCGACAGCGAUUUGAGGGGCGUCCAAAUGGCUAUCCCCGACUUGAAGUCCCACACUUUCCAACCCGGCACGGUGCUGAGCAAGAACAAUUCUGGGGGAAGGCGUCAUCCAAGAGGCGCUAGGACUGAGCAACAAGUGCACGUUGGGGUGGGGGCGAAUCAGACGGAUCUGCUGAAGGGGGAGGGAUCCAUCCCCAUCGUGGACAAAAUGAAGAUAAGGCUAGACGAACUAACCAACAGGGAGAAGCGCCGCGAUUUGGAAAACGCCUACGUGAAGUACAUUUACAAAAGAGACGAAUCUCAGGAGGUCCCCGAAGAAAAGCGCAACAGAUAUGUCACGUUCGGAAGCGAAGAAAAUGAUGCAUUAAAAAUUGGAGAAAUGUCCUGCAAAAAAAAAAAAACACAAAGGACGUAUAAAGACCAACUGAGGAAUGUAAUAAAUAUAAGAAAUGCGCAUGUUGAUAAAAAUGUGUAUGGAUUUGGUGAAACCUUAAAAUUUAUGAAGUACAGGGAGCUGUUGAGGAAGUACAUGGGUACCUUCUACAACUACAGCUCGGUGAAAUGCGCCACGUACAUCGUCCUGUAUGCCCUAGUAGUAAAAAUAAUGACACAAGUAUCAACAAAUUUAACCACGUCUAGUGGUACUCUUCCAAGUGAAAAAGCAAAUGAUACCAACCUUGUGUGGUACAAUGAUUCGAAUUUAUUUCUGAAUGUACAUGACAUGGAUGGGAUCAUUCAAUCCAUUUGCUAUGUGUCUCUGCUGGUCUGUAUCAUUCUCCUGUUAAAGUUGGGUAUCCCAUCUAAUUAUUUGCUGGCAGGAAGGCUAACUAUAUUAUUUAUGUUUUUCUUCUUUGCUCAAAUUCCUAUUAUGAUUUACGCUAAUGUUAUGUUCCUCAAAAAGGAGGAAGGAAUUGCUAAGGCACAAGCAAAGGUGUUUGAAAAAAAGGACUACUUCAAUCUUCAUAUGCAGAGAGUGUAUGAUGUGUUUUACAUGGACACGCUGAACUUACUGGUCUACACAAUUCUGUUGAGUCUCGUUUCUUUGUAUGCCACUUACCACAAAUUAAUUUAUCCUCAUCUGCUGAAAUUUUACCUGGACACGUUUUUUUUGAGCUCCUACACCAUAGUUAAGAAGGAAGUCAUUCAGUUCAGGGUACCAAACAAUAUCGAUGCGUACUACCUCAAUCAAAUGAACAGCUACAUGUUUAAUUCUCUUUAUAAAAAACAGGAAGACCUGACGCAGAACGACUUGGAGAGUAACACGAGAAGUGCCAUUGGGUAUAACAUUGUUAUUAAAAAAGAGCGUUGCUCCCUUUUUAGGCGUUUUUUCAGGCGGAACGCCUCCGACUCGGUGCGUGACGAGGGGGGACAUGGCAGCGGGACAAGUGUUCGAGGUAGUGGACGUGUUAGACGUACAUGUGGCUGGAGGACAGGGACCUCCCAGCAGAACGCGCCAACGCAAUGGAACCUAAACUUUUACAUCAUCUUCUACAUUGGAGAGCUGGAUGACCACGGAAGACCGCACGGGUUCGGUUACUGGCGCGGGAUCAACUUGGAGGGAGAAGUCCUCAUCGGCUACUGGUUCCAUGGAAUCCCUGUGGGACCCUUCAAGUGCCGCGACUUCAAGACGGGCUCUGGAUUCAUGUGCAUAAAAAUUGGUUACGGACGCACCAACUGCGAGCCAAACGACUUGGACAUAGGUCUGGCCGACACGGAAUGCUGUGUCAGUGGGGCGUUCUAUAGGACCUUCCCCCGAGUGGUAUUCUACGACCUGAACUUAACAACUCCCAACCGCAGAAGCAAAAAAAAGGACGAAGACCAACACGGCAUUAUGGAAAAGAGGGAGUGCUGUGAGUACCUACACAUCAGCAGAGCCAGCAAUGAUAUUCUUCGCGUGGAUUACGCCAAGCUUCUACAAGACAGUGAGGAUGGUGGAGAAGGGGAAGCGGACCCUGCCAGGAUAGAUCAACAAAACAAAAUAGGCCACCAUAGCGACCUGGAUGAGAACAGUUCUGAGGGAAUACGCAGUAGGAGCAGAAUAAUGGGCAGAGUAAAAAAAAUGGAAAGAGGAGGUUCUGAAGGGAGAAGGUUUAUGAGUGCCUCCAGCAAAGAGGACCAUAGAAAAGGGUCCAACAACAGGUCCACCAUGACGUGCGAUGAGAUCCCUCCCUCCAUCAUUAACAAUGAACCAUUCCUCAAAGGAGAGCUACUCAAUUUUGAUGAUAUCUGCAACCUCAGUUACGAUUUUAACGACCUGACUGUGGACAAUGAAACGCAUUCCGUGUUGAAUAAUAAAAUGGAGACAAGCGAUGGUGUGGAGGAGGAGCAACAGCAGUGUCAGCAGCAGUGGGGAGAAAUGCCAACCCUGCUGGACGAAGGCGACACGCACGUCACCGACGUCGAGCACCUCCCUCGUGCCGAAAUGGGUGCAACUAAAUUGAGCCAAUGGAGGCACCAUGAACACAGAACCGGAAGACCAGUUAAGUAUGUCAACCAGUUAAGUGACCACACAGAAGUACACAAAAGGGAGAAGCAUAGGAGAAGGAAAAAAAUAUUACCAAGUGAAAAAAUGAAGAAGGGUAGAGCAAGUAAGGAAGAGGACUCCCACAUAUCAGCAGAAGAGCAACUGUCUCGCAGGUGGAACAAUCAUGCUAGGAAUGAUAGCUGCCCUGAUUACGAAUUGGGGACAGGGGAUAAGGUGUACACCCGGCCAAGGAGGAAGUGCCAGGACAUGCGGAUGAAGCACGGGUUUGCAAGGCAAGGGGGGGAUAACGACGAAACGCGGGAUGGAUGUGAUGAGCGUCAUGAUAAUGAGUACGAUGCUACUCACGGUGAUGACGUUCCAACCGCAGGAGGCAGAGAAGGGGAGGACCCGCGUCACCAUUCGAAUGUAGCGUCGAAGCAAAGGAUAAAACGGAAGGGAUUGGAAGAACACGACGCAGCUAUCCCGUGCGCGAAGCCAAAUUUGGAGCUGCUGGCGGGGAGGGAAAAGACACGCAGGGGGAGCCAGAAGAGGGAGCAUAAAGUGGUGCGGCUGCACAUGGGCGGUGUGGAGAGCUCCGAGGCACCCCCCGUAGAGUCAGGAAGCCCAGACGCGAACAGUGAAGGAGACGAGAGCAAACAGAACGGAGAGAUUAACGGGAAGAUUAACGGAGCGAAUAACGCACAGAACGUGAGGAGGAAAAUCAAAAGACACAUCGGCUACAGCAUGACCAACACCAUACAGCACCUACGAAAAUUCAAGCACUUGAAGAUGCAGAUAAAAAGAAAAAAAAAGAAAAAAAACACACAAACAAGGCAGAAAGAAAAGGAAAAAGAAAAAAACAAAAUGAAAACAAAAUUCAAAACAAAUAUUAAGAAAAAAAACUUGGGGGGAAGAAAGACCUUCCUACCCAGGGCACUUUCUGGAAAUUUGCCAAAAUUAAAAAUAAAAAAAAAAAAAAAAAAAUAUUCUUUUCCGACACAAUAA